AUGCUCUGCAGGCGGGAAACGGAUAGAGAUGAAGAUGCAGAGUCUGAUGCGCCUCUCAUCCCGGUGAAGAAGAGGUGGGUUUCCUGGGCCCGGUCGGAGCUUCCUAUCUCUCAUUCGUUCGUUCCCCCUGGAGUAAAGUCAUCGGAAUCGGGGUUUGGUUCCGGUGGCCUCAUAUCUCCUACCCAAUUUGAAGGUGGGUCAAUGGACAUUAGAUACGUGAUAACACUUGUGGUUUCGUACCUGCCUCUUGGUGUCCAAUACCCAGUGAUGGGAGAAGGAGUGGGAGACGAAGAGAGAGAAGAUGGUUGCUUAGCAGCGGAAGCUGGGGAUCGAGAAGCGGAGGGAGAGCUUAGGCUUGAAAUGGAGCUAGGAUACCGGUAUUUUUCCCUACCUGGAUCCGAGUCUUUCUCUUCUCCUGGACCGAGCACCGAGACCGAGGAAAGAGAGGCUGGAUACGAGUCUGAUGAGAUCAGAGCCAGUGAAGAGAAGAGGGAAGGCUGA